AUGGAAUUUUCAAGUUGUGGGAAUUUUCUAUAUAAGAAUUCUUGUAAUAAUUUGAUAGAACAUAGUGAUGCUAAAAAUAAAAGUUCAAAAGAUGUAUGUCCUAAUAAUUGCAAUGGAAAAUUUAAUUUAAAUUAUAAGAGUAAUGAAAAUGUGAAUACAUUCAAUAUUAAUAAUCAUAGAAAUUUGAAAUCAUUUAAUAUUUUUUCAAGUAGAAAUAAAACAGAAAAAAGAAGUGUAAAACAUAAAAGAAAUUUAAAAUGCUCUAGUGAAAAAUCAAUACAUAAUAAUAUUUUUAACAUAGAAUAUAAAGAUGAGGAAAAUAAUGAUAGCAUAAAUUCUAAUUUAUCAAAUUCUUUACAAAAAUUAAAGCAUUUCCAUAUACCUUUUUUAAGUAAUGAUUCUAACCUACCUAUUAAUUAUAAAAAUGAAAAUAGUUUUAUUUUCAUGAAAAAACGUAUAAAGAAUAACUGUUUAGAAAAUAUAGAAAGUUUUAUGAAUAAUACUGGGGAUACAGUUCCAAAGAGUAAUGCAUAUUUAAAUGAAUUAGAAGAAUUUUCUAAUAAUAUGAUUUCAAAUUAUUUAACAGUUGAUUCUUUUUUAUCUUCUAAUACAUCUAUUUCUAAUUAUGAUUCCUCUUCUUCAUCUUCUGAAUACGUUUCUUGUAAAAAUGUUCAUACCAAUAUGACGAAAAGUAAAAUCAAUUUUUUUAAUUUUCUAUCUUUUAAAGAUACUAAUGAAGGAUCACCUGUGGAUAACACAUAUGAUGAAUAUUAUAGACAGAAUAAAAAAAGUAAUUAUUUAUUACCAAAAAUAACAAAAAAGAAAAAAAAAAAUAAAAGUAAUUUAUUUUAUGAUAUUUUAAAAAUAAUUAUGAAAUUAUGUAAUGAUAUAUUUAUUAAAUCAUUUCAAACAAUGAUAUCAUAUUUCAUUACUACCUCUUUUUUUAUUAUUUUAAAUCUAUAUGUAUCAAAUACUUGUGAUUAUUAUGAAAUAGCAGGAUUUGGUGUUGCUAUUAGUAUUAAUACAAUUUUAUCUUCAGUGAUUGAUGGUUUAUCAAACAGUUUAGAUUUUUUUUGUAGUCAUUCAAUUGGAAUAGGUAAUAUUGAUUUUUCUUGGAUAAUUUUAAAUUGCGCAUAUUUUGUUUUUUUCUUUUUCUGUUUUUUUCUUUUUGUUUUUUUAUUUUUUUUGAAAUUUUUUGUUUAUAUUAUUUUAAAGUAUAUUUUUUAUAACGUAACUAAUGAAUACAUAGUUACAUUCAAGGUAUUUUCUUCAACACUUCAAAUUUUGAUGAUUUCUUAUUUGCCACUUUUCUUAUAUGAGAGUACCAGGAGAUUUCUGAUAUUACACAAUAAUAUUUAUCCAAGUUUGCUAACAUCUAUUAUUUCUUUUAUCUUAUUAAAUUUAUUUUGUUACAUUUUUGUAUUUAAAUUACGUCUAAAAUAUAUUGGAGCAUCUCUUUCUAUUCUGUUAAUGAAUAUUAUUAAUUUUAUUUUUAUUUUAUUUUUUUUGAAAUUAUAUAUUGAAAAAUGCGGAUAUUCUGCAAAAAAUGCACAACUGUUUGAAAAAAAGGAAGGUGGAAAAAAAAAAAAAAAAAAAAAAUUAUUUAUAAGUAAUAAUAAUUACAUAUAUAGAAAUAAGGCAUUUCAUUUAGAUGAAAAUUAUAUUAAUGAAGAACAGUUAAAAGUAACAAAAGAACAAUCAAAAGAAAUAAAAAUGGAGAAGGAUGAAUAUAAAGAAUAUUUUUGUGAAAAUACAUGUGUACAUAGUGAUUAUUACAUCAAAUCAGAUUAUUAUAAUAAUAAUAAUAAUAAUAAUAAUAAUAAUAAUAAUAAUAUAUUUUCAAAAAGUGAUAAUUAUUCAGGAAAAAUAUGCUACUAUGAAAAUUCAUUUAUGCAUAUAAAAAAUCCAAGUAUUUAUAAUUUUUAUUUUCUUUUUUGUAAUGUUCCUUCUGAUGAAAUUAUAAAAUAUUUUUUAAAAAUUACAAAAAUAAAUAUAAAAAAUUUAUUUUUUGAAAUUUUAGCUUUUGAAUUGCAAUUAUUUGAAUCAACAUAUUUGUGUUUAACUUCAACAGCAACAUUUGUUCAGAUAACUAACUUUUUAAAUUUAGUUUAUUACGUAUCUAAUUCUUAUGGUAUAUUAUUAUCUAAAAUUACUGGCAUAUAUAUAAGUUCUAAGAAGAGAAAAAAAAAAGACAAAAAAAUUUCAGAAAUUAUCUUAGCUUUUAUUUUAUUAUUAUUCUUCCUUUAUUUUUGUUUGAUACUUAUGUAUAUAUAUCAUAAAAAAAUUAUUCUUUUCUUUUAUAGUGAUAAAAAUUUACAAAAUGAGUUAAUGAAAAUAUUUCCUUUAUUAACUACUGAACUAUUAUUUGAAGUAUUGUGCUCUUUAUUAAAUAGUAUUAUAAAAGGAAUUGGUCUACAGAAGGAAAUUUCUUCUUUUACUUUUUUUAACUUUAUGUUUUUCAUGCAUCCUCUUGGAUUAAUUUUAACCUUUUAUAUGAAAUUAGAUAUAUAUGGAUUUAUUUAUUCUAAUUUAAUUAGUAUGAUAAUUCAAGUUAUUUAUUUAAUAUGUUUUCUAACUUCUACAAUAUGGAAGAAAAAAAUUUUUUCAUAG